UUUGUUAGCUUGUGCCCCUUUAUCUUUUUCCUUCUUUCUUGCCCAUACGUGAUUUCAUAUCAGCACAGCAAUAUAAAUUCAGCACAAUCCGGCCACUGUCGUAGUUGCUCCUUCAUAUCUCAAUUUCAUUUCAGCUCCCGUCUCACAAACCAACAAGACCUUCUCUCUCCCUCUCUCUCUCUCUCUCUCUGUGGCACACACAAACACAAGUCAGGCAAAGACUUUCUGUCGAGCGAAUUUUCUCCUUAGUGCCCCUAAAUGUCUAGAAAAGCAAGCAAGAGGGUUAGUUUCAGUCCGGACAUGGACGACAAGCCCACGAUCUUUCUCGAAUACGGUGGAAGCGCCAAAGAUGGAAGAAGCAGAAAGAGGGUCACCGCCACAUGGUCAUUCCGGCUCUCCAAGGAGCUGCAGUUCUCGCCGUCGGAGUUUCUCCGGCGCCUCGGAGAUAAGGCGACCAAAGUCCUGAGAUGCGUGUCGAGCAGUAGGUCUUCACGUAAGGUGUCGUCGUCGGCGCCUCAGCUCAUGAGGUCGCGGUCCUUGGCGGACCAGUCGGAAUCCCACAGAGCUGAAGCUAUCGAGGAUUGCAUCAAGUUCUUGAAUUCCUCGUGCUCGCUGCAGAGGUCGAGUUCAGUUUCAAGCGCUUGUUAACGCCCCAACCUUUAUUUCAGUCGCUAUCUGCUUUUUUGCUGAGGCAUGUGAUCAUGCAAACUAUGUAAAGGAAGCGCGAGAAUUGUGUUGGGUGAUCUUCGAGAAUCGUUGUUCAGAUUAGAAAAAUACGGGUAUAUGCUUUAGGUGCAAUCCGACUGUGGUCAAACCGCGUAAAUCAUGUGUUUGCUCAGCUCGUAGACACACUUUGUUAAGGUAAAUCAAAUGGAAGUGAUGCAGCAAGUACGGUAUGAGUACUAUUUUUCCAUGUGAA